UGACUUAUCUUCUAAUCAACUGUAUCUUCUAUCCUUAUAUUGCUUGACAUUUGUCCGAAAAGAACAUAUGAAAGUUUGAGUCUGAGCUAGCAACCGCCGCGUCUUUGCGUUGCUUGCUUUUUCUUCCUCCACGUUACUUCCUGCCCCGCCGUUCCCACUCCCCAGCAGCAGCUUACUGUAUACACAUCACCUCUUUCUAUAUACAUGAUUCAUCCAUAAUGUCUGGUACGAGCAGCCAUAAGGCUGUCUCCAAGGGAGCAGUGUUCGCGGAUGUCGACCAUGACCCCGUCACGACCGUUUUGCCUCAGGGCGACGUGCCUUAUACCGAUCAUGCAAUGGAUGCGGACGAGAGGGUCAUUGUGGCCCUGGGGUACAAGCAAGAAUUCAAGCGCGAGUUCUCGCUAUGGACAACCUUCUGUGUCAGUUUUUCGGUACUAGGAUUGCUUCCAUCAUUUGCAAGCACGAUAUACUACGGAAUGGGCUAUGCAGGUACAGCCGGUAUGGUCUGGGGCUGGAUCAUCGCGAUGGUUUUCAUUCAAUGCGUUGCCAUGUCCAUGGCUGAGCUAUGUUCUGCGAUGCCCACCAGUGGUGGCCUUUACUACGCCGCAGCGGUCCUUGCGCCUCCAAAAUAUGGACCCUUUGCCGCUUGGAUCACAGGAUGGUCGAACUGGAUCGGGCAGAUUACCGCCGCACCCUCUGUGGAUUACGCGCUUUCUGCAAUGAUCCUUGCCGCUGCGUCGAUGCAGAAUCCAGACUAUGUCCCCACUAACUGGCAGGUUUAUCUCCUGACGGUGCUCGUCCUCAUCAUCCAUACGGCCAUCAGCAGCAUGCCCACUAUAUGGGUCGCUCGAGUCAAUUCUUGGGGCUCAACAUUCAACAUCAUCGCCCUCGUCAUUACCCUCAUUGCCAUUCCUGCUGGGACUAAGAAUGAGCCCAAAUUCUCCUCGUCCAAGGACGUCUGGGGCACCAUCACCAAUCUCACCGACUUUCCCGAUGGUGUUGCCGUUCUGAUGACUUUUGUCGGAGUCAUUUGGACCAUGUCUGGCUACGACUCGCCAUUCCAUCUAAGCGAGGAAUGCUCCAAUGCCAAUGUCGCCUCGCCGCGUGCGAUCGUAAUGACCUCGGGGGCUGGUGGCUUGCUGGGAUGGUUCUUGCAGUUAGUCGUCGCUUACACUGUCACCGACAUUGAUGCAGUCAUAAACUCGGACUUGGGCCAGCCCUGGGCCUCGUACUUGCUCCAGGUUGUGCCACGCAAGACAGCCCUGGCCAUAUUAGCUCUCACCAUCAUCAGUGGUUUCUCCAUGGGUCAAGGCUGUAUGGUGGCUGCCUCACGAGUAACCUACGCCUACGCACGAGAUGACUGUUUCCCUCUAUCCAAAUACUGGAAGAUGGUCAACCCGCGCACCCAGACCCCGGUCAAUGCGGUAAUCCUCAACGGCGUGCUGGGAAUUCUCAUGUGUCUGUUGGUUCUAGCCGGCGAUGUAGCCAUCGGGGCGUUGUUCUCUAUUGGCGGCAUCGCUCAGUUUGUCGCUUUUGCCAUUCCCAUUGCGAUUCGAGUGUUCUUCGUGGGUCACCGGUUCCGUAAAGGUCCGUGGCAUCUGGGCCCCUUUGGGCCCUGGAUUGGAGGGAUGGGUGUGGCGUUCGUGCUGCUCAUGGUGCCCGUGUUGUGUCUGCCUAGCGUCACGGGUUCUGAUCUGACACCGGAUCUGAUGAACUGGACGUGUCUGGUUUGGGGAGCGCCAAUGCUGGGAGUAACUAUCUGGUGGGUUGUGGAUGCGCACAAAUGGUUCACGGGACCAAAGGUCAAUGUGGAGCACGCAAUCCACGCUGCGGAUGCGGCUGUUAUAGACGGCGUGGGAGCAGAUGAGGAUGUAGUGCAAGAGGAUGCGUCGAGCAAGGCAUCUGCGAGGUAGAUGCCUCACUACACUGUUCAGGUUACGUUCAUUCUAAUGUUUGGCUACAGUCGUCCACAGACGCCGCAUACAGUCUUGUAAAUAAUUCGGCAUUGCGUCAAUAUACUGCUAAAUUAGUAUUCCACAUCUGGAUCUGGUACGAUAGCGCAUCCCAGUCGAUAUAUUACCCAUCAUUUCGGUGAAAG